AUGUCUGUCAGAACUCUUAGAAUCGGCCUCAUCCCCGGUGACGGCAUCGGCAAGGAGGUCAUCCCCGCCGGCCGGCGCGUCCUCGAGGCCCUGCCCUCCUACCUUGGCCUCAAGUUCGAAUUCACCGACCUCAAGGCCGGCUUCGAGACCUUUGAGCAGACGGGUGCCGCCCUCCCCGACAAGACGGUCGAGAUCCUCAAGAAGGAGUGCGAUGGCGCCCUCUUCGGCGCCGUCUCCUCCCCGACCACCCCCGUCAAGGGCUACUCCUCCCCCAUCGUCGCCCUGCGCAAGAAGCUCGACCUCUACGCCAACGUCCGCCCCGUCAAGACCGUCUUGACCGCCUCCAAGCCCAUCGACAUGGUCAUCGUCCGCGAGAACACCGAGGACCUUUACGUCAAGGAGGAAAAGACGUACGACGGCCCCAACGGCAAGGUCGCCGAGGCCAUCAAGCGCAUCUCCCAGAACGCCUCCCACCGCAUCGCCGCCAUGGCCGGCGAGAUCGCCCUCCGCCGCCAAAAGAUCCGCGACGCUGGCGCCGCCAGCAUCCACAAGGGUCCCCUCGUCACAAUCACCCACAAGUCCAACGUCCUCUCCCAGACCGACGGCCUCUUCCGCGCCACCUCCAAGGCCGCUCUCGCCGACCCCCGCUUCGCCGCCAUCUCCGUCGAGGAGCAGAUUGUCGACUCCAUGGUCUACAAGCUCUUCCGCCAGCCCGAGGACUACGACGUCAUCGUCGCCCCGAACCUGUACGGCGACAUCCUCUCCGACGGCGCCGCCGCCCUCGUCGGCUCCCUCGGCCUCGUGCCCAGCGCCAACGUCGGCGAGGGCUUCGCCAUUGGCGAGCCCUGCCACGGCAGCGCCCCGGACAUCCAGGGCAAGAACAUUGCCAACCCCAUUGCCACCCUCCGCAGCGCCGCCCUCAUGCUCGAGUUCCUCAACGAGGAGACCGCCGCCGCCAAGAUUUACGCCGCCGUUGAUGCGAACCUCGAGGAGGGCAAGCUUCUCAGCCCCGACCUGGGCGGCACCGCCAAGACCGAUGAGGUUGUUGAAGAUAUCCUCCGCAGACUGUAA